GCACGCUCCCCGACACAAGUGGCCAGCUGAUCGAAAAGCCCGGCCCGCCGGGCGCUGCCCCGCCCGGUAAGAAGCUGAAGGGCACGAUGCUGUACGGUUUCAACACGAUAAAGAAGCUCGUUGGGAAAGGCAAGCGGUUCGCCGGCAUGGCGAUCGGCAAGGUUUUCAAAGUGAUCACAAUCAUGCGGCAAGUGCUCAGGCGAGUCUUGAAACCGGCAAAGGCCGGCGCGUACGUGGUGGGCACGGGGCUGCAGAAGACGAAGGACAAGUUUCAGGUGUUCUGGUACUCCUUCCUGUUGCCGAAAUUGAUCGCGACGCUGGACUCCGCGGCCGCCGACGGAGCUGCCCUGACGUCGCCCGGGAAUUUGGUAAGGAUCUUCGCCAACGAAGACUUCAUGGGGAGCCAGGAGCGCAUCGGCUUGGCCGUUACUCACGCCUCGGCGGGUAUGCGGCACAGCAAGAAGGCCAUCCUGCUUCUGCAGGACGUGCUCAAGCGAACGGCGGAGAUCCAGCAAGAAGCCAACGAAAUCCUGGUGCAGACGCGGUACCUCGCGGAGAAUCCCAAGGCCCUUUGCAACGGGCUGGAGGAACAAGAGCCGGCGGGUAGUGACGCAUUUUUACCCCUGGAUACCAUGCGCAUCGUGGAAGAAGACCCCUCCGCUUCCAUGUUUUGAUAUGAACAAAUGUUGUGGUACUGCUUUCGAACGUGCAAGUGCAAUAGAUUGCCGGUUCGAUGUGUCGAUGGAACUUCUACAACUAACUUGUAUGUGUUUUUAUAGAAAUGCGACAUCUGUUGGAUAGCACUACGAGCAGAAAAACAAAUAACAACGCAAGAAGCUGGAAAGUGAUUCGCCGCACCGGUGCGCGUUUUUUGUCCACCCACUCACAAGAUAAGCGUCUGCUGCUCCGUAUUUGAUUCAUUAAGGUGAACAGGUAGCUUCACCAAAGCCAAUCCAACACGUGCUCUUGUUGUAGUAGAGUACGAUUUGCAAACUAGAAUUGGAACCGGAUCUACUGCCGCUACUCUUUUGGUUUUGUUCGAUAAGACACGAGCUUGGAACCGUGACAACCGAGGUGUAUGCUUUUUUUGUGAGCUGCUACGUUCAUACAGAUAUUUUAGCAAGGGCGUCGAUCACAAUCAAUCUGCAUCUGGAGAUCGACGAAGCCUGCGCUUGAUGCUGUUGAUGAAAGAAGAAAACGCCUCAAACGGCUCG